GCUGAUCGAGAUAAUAUCGAACGCGAGCGAGUUUGAGUCGAUGCCGAUCCGGUACAAGGAGGAUAUUGUGCUGAAACAGCUGGCCGAUAAACUCUCCUCGCAGCACAAAUUCCAUAAGUUUUCGGACCCGCACGUGAAGGUUAAUCUGCUAAUGAACGCGCAUCUGUCGCGAAUUCAACUGUCAGCGGAACUGAAUAAGGACACGGAAUUAGUGGUGCUGAAGGCGAUUAGACUGGUGCAGGCGUGUGUGGAUGUAUUGUCG